AUAUCUCAAGAAAAUGUUUGCUUCAUGACCAAUUGAAAAUCAAUCAAAUAUGGAGGACCAUGAAAAGUUCAGAGAAUGGGUAACAGAGAGAGGAGUGAAGAUCGAUGGCAUUACUGCUCACAAGUUCGAAGGCAGGGGUGUUGGUAUUAUUGCAGAGAAGAGACUUAAGGCAGAUAGCACAAUCCUCACAGUACCAAUCUCCGCUCUCCGAACGGCUCACACCCUCCCCAAAGCCCUCCAACCACUUCUCAAAUCCGCACCAACCAUCCACGGAAUCCUCGCACUGAUGCUAGCCCUCGAUACCUCUCCAACAUACCAACUCUGGUGUGCCGUACUUCCCACCGCCUCCGACUUUGAAUCAACAAUGCCACUACACUACCCUUCAUCCCUCCAAGACCUCUUACCAUCAGCAUCAAAAGCCCUCCUCGCGCACCAAAAGUCCAAACUAAAAGCAGACUGGGCCUUUGCUUCGUCCCACUACCCAAAACUCACCUACGAUGACUACCUCUACGCAUGGCUUUUGGUCAACACCCGAACAUUCUACUUCCUACCCCCUGGCACUAAGACACCAAAGAAUCACGAUGAUUGUAUGGCCUUGAAUCCGUUCGCUGAUUACUUCAAUCACACGUCUCGAGGAUGUCACGUUUCUUUCACAGCCGAAGGAUAUAAAGUCAUGACCAACAAAGUCUAUGAGAAGGGCGAGGAAGUAUUCAUCAGUUAUGGAAAUCACAGCAACGAUUUCUUGUUGGCUGAAUAUGGUUUCAUCUUGCCCAGUUCAGAGGAACCAGGUGGUAACGAGUGGGAUGUAGUAUCGCUUGAUGAUUACAUCUUGCCUUUACUAAGUGCCGAGAAGAAAGAAUUGUUGAAGGAAUCUGGAUUUCUGGGAAACUAUGUCUUGGACAAUGCAGAGGUUUGCUAUCGAACACAGGUUGCAUUGAGGGCUCAGUGCUUGUCAACGAGGAAGUGGCAGAGAUUCAUGGAUGGCAGCGAUGAUGGAGCUGAUGACCAAGAGGCUGUGAAUGAGGUGUUGCUGAAAGCCUUGAAGAGGUAUCAUAAGGACACCGAGAAGUAUUUCAAGCAGGUUAGUGCGACCAAGGAAGGAGAGGAAAGUCACCGAGACAUGUUGAGCAGACGAUGGAAGCAGAUUAGCAAUCUUCUUCAACGAGAGAUCGACAGGAUACAGAAUUGAAGGUCUACCAUUUGCAUACUAAACGCGAAAACAAUGAAAGUAGUACAGAG